AUGGUGUCUUUAAAGCAAAUGAUUAAGUAUAGAUCAACUUUAAAUUGUUUGUUAGAAAUACUUCUAUUCCCUGCUGUUAUUACCUUGAAAUUAUUUCUAUCUUUGCUUGAUCCAGUUUACAAAAUUUUGUUACAUGUAAAGCCCCAAUUCAACUUUUCACUGGUACAAUAUUUCUGGAGAUUAAAAUCACAGCUUUUUUUCUCCUGUCUAAUGACCGUGUGCCUUUUUGUUUCUCAUGGCUUUUUACUGAACCUUAGUAUUACAAAAAAUUGUUCUUUAAACUGUGAACUUCAAUAUCCUGUUUACUUGGCAACUGCUGCUUUUUUGCUGAUAAUUUCUGCACUACCAUUUUCAUUCUUUGUGGGUUUAUAUGUUGUUACUAUUAUUAUAUUUGGGGAGACCUUUGAUGCCAGUUCCAGAUCCUGUACAGAAAUGCCACUCCUUUUUCCAAUUUUAUAUCUCUCAUUUGGUGUACUUUUAAGUUAUCCCUGUGCCAGACUGCUUGAAUUACACCACCCUGGUUUCCUUUUUAGCAUGUUGAUAAGAUCUAAAAGGUUAAUAACAACAAUUCAAAUUGUAGAUAUAACAGGCAAGCCACACACCCUGACUUUUGCACCAUAUGCCACAAUAAAAGAUCUAAGAUCUCAAAUAAAUACUAAAUUCAGAAUAACAAGUGAUUUGUACUGGUUGUCAUGCUGUGGAAAGCCUUUAUUUGAUUUUUUACUUUUGGAAGAAAUAAGAGGAACAGUUUUUAUGCAUGGCCGAUUGAUGGGAGGUGUACAAUGCUGUCUGAAGGGAUGUGAGAAUGAGGCAGGAUCAAGAAAAUUUGAUAGUAUGGUUGGGCGGUAUGAACUGAAAUGUGCCCCUGAUGAUGUUACACCUGAAAAUCUCAAAGAUCUUAGGGUAUGUGAUAAACAUUACGGCAGUUUAUCAGCAAGAGGGCAUAAGCCUCCUAAGGGGAAAAGCUCCACUAGAUCACGCAGCGAUGCCCAGCUGGGCAUCCUGAAAGUUACACCAUGUAUAGUGACUUGUUCACAAUGUGGCAACAAGGUUUGCCUGAGUAGUGAUGUUCCCUGCAAGAAACACCACAUAAAUAUUUUUAAAAAUACGUUUUCAGUGGGAUGCAAUUUUUUGGAUGAAAGAACUGGCAAUAAGACUGAUUUACAUAAUGACUUGUAUAGUGUAGAUCCUUGUGAUGGAACUUUUCCAGACUACAUAUGCAUGUCAUGUCAGCCUUUCUAUUUAAAAUCCAUUAAAAUAGAGCAUGAGUACAAAGAAGCUCAAAACAUCUUCCACCAAAAACAAGGUUGUUCAAUUUCCACAAUAACGACCGAUAAUGACAGCAACAAGCAUGAGUUUUUUGAAGAAACAACUAUUAAUCCAACUAAAGGACAAGCCACUGUGCUAUCAGAAAAAAUGGUCUUGGAUAGAGAAUUUGCUGUGUCUGAUGCUUUAAACUGUAAAGCAGGUAUUUUUACAGAUGUGUUGAAUGAAAUAAUGACACAAACUGCUCCAAAAGAACCAGUAGAUGCAGGAAAUGACAGUGAAGUACAGUCAUCACCUCUGCCAGUUUAUACAGUUUUUCAAGGAGUUAUUUCAUGUAUUUUUCCAUGGACACUGUCAUUUACUCAGCACACUACAGAUAAUACCAUGAAGGUUACUUUUUCUCUUCCAAAUAGUGGAAAAGGUGGUGUAAUAACGAAGUGGAAGGAGUUAACCCUUUUUUUUCCUUCCGAAAUAAAAACAUUUCCUUCAAAGGAUUUUAGUCCAUUUACAGUAGAAUUCUUGGGUAACAAAAUUGACCAUGGGGAACUACCACACAAUAUUUUUCAAGAAAACAUAUUAAACUCUGCUUUGGGUGUUAUGCUUAAAACUAUUGAAAACUUACCGGUUUGUCCAGGUAUAUAUGAUCCAGCCCUUGUUGAUAUAGCUGAAAGAAAAAGGGAAACAAAUUUAUACUUUGUGGAUGGAAAAGGAGCAAAUGUAGAUGGAGAGAUUGUCAAGUGCAUUAGGAGCUUAAAUUGCACCUACAAACUACCUGUCCAUUCAAAAACCAGAUGCCACAAAUGUCAAGAUAUUUUACGAUCUUGCUUUCGUUGGAAAACAAAACCUUCAUCUGAAUCAUUUGAGUCUAAAACAGCCUAUGACUCACACACUAAACUCAGUACUCUUUCACGUGCUGAACUCAUAGCCAGAGCAAAAAAUCUACACAAAGUGGUUGCCCAAAGCCAAAAAAAAGCAAAACGAUAUUACAGUUUGUACCUAAAAGAGAAACAAAAAAAUGUGAAAGCACCCAAAAAUUUUCAACCCAAAUCAUCUGACCUUGCUAAACUAAUGGAUAUUGCCAUUGAAAAUCAUUGGCUUGUUGAAAAUUCUGUUCUCUAUGCUCUACUUACUGACACUUUAACCUCACUGGAGAAACAGGAGGAGGAAUUUGCAAAGCAAGGAAAACUUACCAAAAAUAAGCAAAAGGCCCACCCUAAAGGUAUGAGAUAUAACCCUCUUGUGGUGGAGCUGCAUGAUAGCAAGCAAAUGUCACAAAAAAAGGUUAUGAGGUAG